GCCCCAUCAAAACAAAUCAAAACCACGGCAAAUGUAGAUAAGAUAGAUUUCUAAACAAGAUCAUCUUUAGCGUUGUUUAUUGGACGUUAUCAGUGCGCGCCACAUAAAGCAACAUAAACCAAAUAACCACAAAUUAGAUCAAACUGUGGUUUAGCGCGAGUGGUAGUACGAUCAGCUGUGUAAUGAUAAGCUGCAACUGUUAUCUGACCAACCAAAAACAUGUAAAUCCCAAGUCCAGAUGAUCGGUGGUGGCUUUACGGCCAAGCGUAGUAGCGUUCUUGAGAUAGGAGGGGAUUAAAGCAUCAUCCAGCUCACUCACCAUAAGGAAACACAACUGCACCGUGCGUGUUUGGCCUUGUGCGCGAGCUCGGUUUUAUAAAGGAGUAUAUCAUGCGAAAAUGGUUAUCGCACUCAGUUACCAACACCAGGCAAGUCUGAGAAGGUCGUCCGAUUUGUGAGGAUCGUAUGCGUACUUCAUAAGGUUCUUGGGUGCUCUGUAGUGCAGUCGAUUGUCGGUGAUCAGUUGAGCGUUGGAGCGGCAAGGGCGAGAUAGUGCCGAAAAAGUGGUUCCACACCAUUUCGAUUGAUUGCUCUCAAUUGAUGUGAUCUUGACCGCUGUGAUACGACGGUGGACAUUGGUUUGUGUGUAGUGUGUAGCGCGAGUCACCCAGCUCGAACGCCAUGUCAUCCGCCACAGUAACCCUGACGGAAACGGAUAAGAGGCUGACCCAGUUUCGGAACUGCCGCGUACUACGCAACCAUCGACUGGUGCAGGACGAUGUUUGGGUGCGUGGUGGCAAGAUCAUCGAUCCGGAGAAGGUGUUUUUCGACGAAAAGCGUCGAGCGGAUGUGCAAAUCGAUUGCCACGGAUCUAUCGUUGCGCCCGGGUUUAUCGAUCUGCAGAUCAAUGGUGGAUACGGUGUCGACUUUUCGUUCGAUGUUGAAACCGUCGAGGAGGGUGUGCUGAAGGUGGCCAAAGGACUUUUGGCUCACGGCGUUACUUCGUUCUGUCCAACCCUGGUUACCUCGCCACCGGAGACGUACCAUUCCGUUUUGCCUCGAAUUCCUAGGACGGCUGGUGGACGACAUGGAGCCACCGUGCUGGGGUGCCACGUUGAGGGACCGUUCAUCAAUACCAACAAGAAGGGAGCCCAUCCACCAGAGUGCAUUAAAGAGUUUGACCAGGGUAUCGCGACGGUGCGUGAGGUUUACGGUUCGAUGGACAACGUGCAGAUAAUAACGCUCGCACCGGAGAAGGUCGGUGCCUCGGAAGUGAUACAGGAACUGAGCAACAAUGGCAUCACGGUUUCGGUGGGUCACUCGAUGGCCAAUCUGAGCGAUGGAGAGAUUGCGGUUCGCCAUGGUGCAAGGCUCAUCACACACCUGUUCAACGCAAUGCUACCGUUCCAUCAUCGUGAUCCCGGCCUGGUUGGGUUGCUGACAACAGACAACAUUCCGCACGAUGCGCUCGUGUACUUUGGCAUUAUUUCGGACGGAGUGCAUACGCAUCCGGCCGCUUUGCGUAUUGCGUACAAAACACAUCCGAACGGAUUGAUCCUGGUGACGGAUGCCAUAUCGGCCAUGGGGCUAGCCGAAGGACGACAUCGCAUCGGACAGAUGGAGAUGGAAAUUCGUGCGGGCCGAGCGUAUGUGGCCGGAACCAACACACUGUGCGGUAGUAUUGCACCGAUGGAUGAGUGUAUUCGAUUCUUCAAGAAGGCUUCCAAUUGCUCAAUCGAAUACGCUUUGGAGGCCGCAUCCCUUCAUCCGGCCCGUUGUUUGGGUAUAGAGAAGCGCAAAGGAACGCUGGAUUACGGUGCGGAUGCGGAUUUCGUACUGCUGGAUGAUCAACUGAACGUGCAAUCGACAUGGAUUGCGGGAGAGUGUGUGUACCAAGGAAAGGACAUUGUAUCAAAUGCUUUGUAGUAAAAACAAGUGCCAGUCUUAAAUAAAAUCAAAUGCAUAUUUUACAACAAUUUAAAA